AUCCCCUGCACGGUCCUAAAACCUCACUGCAGUUUGUUACUCUCUCUCCCCACCCUUCAAUGGCUUUCUCUCUUCUUUCUCUUCCCAAAUUUCUCCCUCCUCACCCCAGUUAUACCUCUUUAAAAGGCCACCGCCAUCACCGGCACCGCGGUGUCCAUUUUAAGCCUCUUCGUCUUCCUUCUCUCCGCCGCCUUCCGGCUAUCGGCCCCGACGGGAAGUAUUAUCCGACUCCCUCCGACGAAGACCCUCCCGAAGCUCCCGAGGAUUCCAUGCACGGCGUGGACAAGUUUCAGCAAAUUCACCGCCAAGCUGCUCGUGCCCGCAAGCUCCAAGAAGAAGACUUCAACAAGCACAAGUCAAAUUACCUUUCUGCCAUUGCUGACGUGGACGAAGACGAAUUGAGUAAAGAGAAAACGGGAAACGACGACGGGGAUGAUUUGUUCGGUGAAAUCGAUAAAGCCAUUGCCAUGAAACGGCAAGAGAUGGUCAAGCAAGGUUUGUUAGAACAAGCCCCUAAAAAGGCGGAAGCCAUUGAUGAGCUGGACCCUGAUGAAGUCGUUGACUUGGAAGAAAUUGACAAAUUACGAGGUUUGACUGUUGCUUCUGAUUCGGACGAGGGAGAAAAUGAAGAUUCAGAUGAUGAAGAUUCUUCGAAAUUCGAUGUCGGUUUGAGUGACUCUGAAGGUAAAGAAAGAGGUAAUGAUAAAUUUAAUUUGUUGGAUCCAUCAUUUGAUUUAGAUUUAGAUAGUUUUGGAAAGAGUAAGGUUAGAAUUGUGGAACCUAAGUUUAAAAUGAGUUUAGCUGAGCUUUUAGAUGAAAGUAAAGUGGUGCCAGUUUCGGUUUACGGGGAUAUAGAGGUUGAGAUAACAGGGAUACAACAUGAUUCUAGGUUGGUUAGUGCUGGAGAUUUGUUUGUUUGCUGUGUUGGGAGAAAAACGGAUGGGCAUUUGUAUUUGAGUGAAGCUGAUAAGAGAGGAGCUGUUGCUGUUGUAGCGAGUAAAGAGAUUGAUAUUGAGGAUACCUUGGGAUGCAAGGCAUUGGUUAUUGUUGAGGAUACUAAUUCAGUUUUGCCUGCAUUAGCUGCAUCGUUUUAUAGGCACCCUUCAAGGAAUAUGGCUGUUAUUGGGAUCACUGGGACCAAUGGCAAAACAACCACGUCUUAUUUGAUAAAAGGGAUGUAUGAGGCUAUGGGUUUGAGGACUGGGAUGCUAAGCACGGUUGCUUACUAUAUACAUGGUGAUAAUAAGUUGGAAUCGCCAAAUACGACCCCUGAUGCUGUUUUGGUUCAGAAUUUGAUGGCUAAGAUGUUGCAUAAUGGAACUGAGGCUGUUGUUAUGGAGGCUUCUUCCCAUGGACUAGCUUUAGGGAGGUGUAAUGAGGUUGAUUUUGAUAUUGCAGUGUUCACCAAUUUGACUAGGCAUUUAGAUUUUCAUGGGACUGAGGAGGAGUAUAGGGAUGCUAAAGCAAAGUUGUUUGCAAGGAUGGUGGACCCUGAGAGGCACAGGAAAGUUGUUAACAUUGAUGAUCCUCAUGCACCUUUUUUUGUUGCACAAGGUAACCCUGAAGUUCCUGUGGUGACAUUUGCAAUGGAGAAUAAGAAUGCAGAUGUUCAUCCCCUGAAGUUUGAGUUGUCACUAUUUGAGACACAGGUCUUGGUUAAUACACCUCAUGGGAUAUUGGAGAUUUCGUCAGGUUUGCUCGGAAGGCAUAAUAUCUAUAAUAUUCUUGCGUCUGUGGCUGUUGGAAUUGCUGUUGGGGCACCCUUGGAGGAUAUUGUUAGAGGGAUUGAAGAGGUUGACGCUGUUCCUGGCAGGUGUGAGUUAAUAGACGAGGAGCAGGCAUUUGGAGUCAUUGUGGACUAUGCUCACACACCUGAUGCCUUAUCUAGACUGCUUGAUUCUGCAAGAGAGCUUGGACCAAAGAGGAUUAUUACUGUUAUCGGUUGUCCUGGGGAGAGUGACCGAGGAAAGAGACCAAUGAUGGCAAAAAUCGCAACAGAUAAAAGUGAAGUGACAAUGCUGACAUCUGAUAAUCCGAAGAGUGAAGAUCCAUUGGACAUCUUGGAUGACAUGUUAGCUGGCGUGGGGUGGACAAUGCAAGAUUAUUUGAAAUAUGGAGAAAAUGAUUACUAUCCUCCUCUCCCAAAUGGUCAUCGACUUUUUCUGCAUGAUAUUAGGCGGGUAGCAGUACGUUGUGCUGUUGCUAUGGGAGAAGAAGGCGAUAUGGUUGUGAUUGCUGGCAAAGGCCAUGAAACAUAUCAAAUUGAAGGUGACAAAAAAGAGUUCUUUGAUGACCGCGAGGAAUGCCGGGAAGCAUUGCAAUAUGUUGAUGAACUCCAUCAAGCAGGAAUAGACACCAGCGAAUUCCCAUGGCGGUUACCAGAGAGUCAUUAAUUUCCACGAGUGUACAGAUAAAUUGAUGUCAAUACUAUGGCAGGGAAUAGUACCCUUAGAUCAAAAUCCUGCACUUUGGUCCGUACUGAAAAACAUGACACUGCUACAAAUCUGGUGCAGGAACUCAUAUAGGCUGUUUGAGGGCAUGAGUUUGCAGAGUCAUUGCUAAAAAGAGAACAGUUUUGCCAGUUUUGAUGUCAUUUCAAAGACGGCUUCAAGGAAAUGCGCCCUUUAACAGACAUGAAUGUACGCCGUUGUAUGCCGAGUGACUAUUUUUGUGUAUAUGUAAAAUAACUAUUCUGAAAUUGUGAAAUGAUGACAGAUUCUGUCAACUUGAUGCCACACUUUCUAAAUAGUGUUACGGAUUGGAUUGGUGCAA